CAGACGUAGAAAAUAAAAUGUUCAGAUCCAUCAAAGAGCUUAGUCUUCACUACGACCCGAUUAAUGAAAGCAAUACUUUUACUAGUGGGGAUAUUGUGGAGGGACGAGUUGUUUUGGAAGUAACAAAAGAAAUAAAGGUGGACAGCUUUUUUGUGAAGCUGACGGGGGACGCACAUGUAAGCUGGACUGAAGGAUCAGGUGACAACGAAACAACCUAUAGCGACCAUGAGAGAUACUUCAAACUAAAGCAAUACUUCAUUCAAGAGCGCUCAAAGAAAGGAAAUAAUGAAAAAAAUACAACUCUUUUAUAUGGAGAGACUUAUGGACCAGUGAUUAGGCCAGGAAGUCAUGUUUUUUCAUUCAGAUUUCAGCUGCCUCAACAAAAUAUGCCUCCAUCUUUUAAAGGAUUUCAUGGCUGGGUUAAGUAUGUCUUGACAGUAAAGCUGAGCAGGCCUUGGAAGUCAACAUCUGCUACACAUACAGAAUUAACCUUUGUGCUGAGAAAUUAUGGGACCGAAGAUCACCUACUGCAACCACAAUCUGGCACACAAGACAAGAUGAUGAAACUUUUUGGCUCAGGAAAAAUGUCAAUGACUGUAACAGCUGAAAAAACUGGCUAUAUGCAAGGUGAAACAAUCAGAGUUUUUGUUGACAUUGACAACUCUUCAUCUCGUGACGUCAAGCUAAAGUACAGCCUCAAGCAGCAACAGACAUUCAUCGCUGGCAAGAGCACUAAUAGAGCAUUUAAGGAUAUAGUCAAAGAGACUAGAGAUCGCAUCCCUUCUGGAGAAAAGUCAAAAUUCAUAGUGGACAUGACCCUUCCACAUGACCUGACUGUCACCAUUGAAAACUGCAGAAUUCUAAAAGUGCAGUAUGAACUCAAGGUGUAUCUGGAUGUGUCUUUUGCAUCAGAUCCAGAAGUCAAAUUUCCUGUGGUCAUUCUUCCAGCUGAACAACAGUGUUGUCCAUGGCAAGGCCCACCUGGAGGAUUCCAGCCAUAUCCACCACCUCAGCCUAACCUUGUGCCUAUUCCUGGCGAACUACCUCCUCCACCUGCAGGACUUUACCCCAAUCUGUAUGACCCUACAGUGCUGCCCUAUCCAGGAGCUGCUGCAGGGGUCUAUCCAAAUCCAAAUCAACAUGCCAUCCAGCCUGGUUUCCAUCCGGCUCCUUCUGCACCAGUUUAUGAUCCAAAUCAAAGUACUAAAGAAUCCUCUCCUAAUGUGCCUUAUUAGACUCCUUCACCAGCCAAACCUCUGAGCACCAUUUAUGCUGUCAAUGAGAACUUAAUGUCUGCAUGCCUUCUAUCUGCAAGCUCAGUGCCUAUUAUUGUGCAUUUUAAAUGAA